AUGUCCAGCCACCGCACCGACUCCAUAGCCUACUCCUCCUCCGCCACCGACCCCACCGCCACAGCCAACAUGCCCUCCAACCAGCCCAGCACCAGCGACGAUCACGGCCGCCGUACCUCCCUCUCCGCACGAAGCCCCGCCUCCCAACACCCAGCCCGCGACGUGUCGGAGCCCGUCAACCCCGCCACGGACAGCGCGCCACUCAAGGCGCACCACCGGCCCUCGAUCCAGGGCGACGGCCACCAGGGCCUCGAGGGCGACACGACGAUCCGGCGCGCGAGUCUGAGUCAGAACGCGCCGGGGAAGGCGGGCGAGGUGGGCGAGGCGGCGGUUGGCGCGUUGGGGUUUGGUGGGAGUGCGGUGGAGAGGCCGAAGGAGAAUCGGGGGCUGGGGGAGAAGAUUGUGGCUUUUCUGGGGACGUGA